AUGGCAUACAGACAAACAUGCAACUGCCGGAUUUCAACUACAAGAUCCAGUAGUCAGUUGCAAGGACACCAAAAGGUGAUUCAAGAAGAAAAGGUUAAAAAAACUGCUAAAUUGCCAAAAGUUACAGACUUCUUUCGUAUUAGCGAAACGCCUUUAACUUUGAAUUCUGUGUUAGUCAAUCAAGAACUGCCUACGUAUUCGACUUCAAGCAAUAUCAGUUUAUCAAGUGCAAGUGCCAGCAGUGAGGAAAAAAGUGUACAAAAUUUAGAAAAAAUGCAACUGCCCGAAAUUAAAAAAAACUUUGUAGAAUUGACAAAACUUACAGACGUCUUCCCUAUUAGCAAAACCCCUUUAACUUCAAAUUAUGUGUUAGUUAGUCAAGAACAACCUACGUGUUCGACUUCAAGCAAUAUCAGUUUAUCAAGUGAAAGUGUAAGCAAUGAGGAAAAAAGUGUACACAAAUCAGAAAAAAUACAGCUGCCUGAAACUAAUGAAAGCGUUGUCUUCCAUUCGCAAGAAAUGCGAAUUGAACAAGAUCCAGCCCUAUGGCCUACAACAUUUAGUGAUUGUAUGAGGCAAGCCUACUUAAAUAGAGGUUCAGGUUACUUCCAAAAUAAUGAUGGAAAGUUUGAAGCAUCAAUUCGAAAAUGCCAAAAACAAAAUCGGUCAUUGUCAGUAAAACUGUUCGAAAGUCGGCAAUCAAACGGGGAGUCAUAUGUAAGAAAGUUGCUAAUGUAUUCAAAAUCAAACGGAUCAGUUUAUUGCUUUAUUUGCAAACUGUUUUGCACAGAUCAGAAAAAAAUAUUUGUAACCGGGUUUUCUGAUUGGAAAAAGGCAGAAGAAAAAGUAAAAUCUCACGAAAAUAGUUUGGAGCAUCGUAAAAACCUUUUAACAUGGAAAACGCAUUCCACAUCUUCCAAAAUAGAUGAAGAAAUUACAAAAUCAAUGGACAAAGAAAUUGAGUAUUGGAAAAACGUUUUUAAACGUAUUGUUGAGGUUAUAAAAUUUAUUGCUGAAAGAGGUCUGGCUUUUCGAGGUGAAGACGAAAGAUUAGGUUCUUCACAUAAUGGAAACUAUUUAGGAAUUUUAGAACUCAUCUCAAAGUUUGAUCCAUUUUUAUAUCAACAUUUGGAAAAUUUUGGGCAGAAGGGCAAAGGCAGAGUAUCCUACAUCUCUAAGACCAUAUAUGAAGAAAUAAUUAGAUGUAUGGGCAAACAAAUUUACAAUACAAUUAUAACUGAAAUUAAAGAGGCAAAAUAUUAUUCCAUAAUAGUAGAUUCCACACCUGAUCUCUCACAUGUGGAUCAGCUGUCUGUUGUAUUCAGAUACUGUUUAAAUGGAAAAGUUAUAGAACGAUUUCUUUGUUUUGUUCCCAUUCAUAGUCACACAGGAAAAUCCCUUGCGAACGAAAUUUUAUCUCUUUUACGUACAAACUCCGUGAAAAUUGAGAACUGUAGAGGGCAAAGCUAUGACAAUGCUAGUAAUAUGUCUGGUAAAUAUAAUGGUGUUCAAGCUGAAAUUAAAAAAAUGAAUAAACUUGCCCGUUAUGUUCCUUGCGCAGCUCAUUCACUAAAUUUAGUCGGAGAAUCUAGCGUGGAUGAAUGUGUAGAAGCUUCAAAUUUUUUCGGCUUUUUGAAGAAAUUAUAUGCGUUUUUUGGUGCAUCUACUCAUCGCUGGGAAAUUUUAAUUAAAAACAUUAAGAAACAGAACGAAGAAAAUGGUGAACACAGGAAUGUAUUGGUUGUAAAGUCACUUUCUGCGACAAGAUGGUCCUGUCGCGAACAAGCAGUAAAGUCCCUUGUCAGCAAUUAUGAUGGCAUUUUUAAUGCUUUAAAACAAUUGGCUGAAAACCCAUUAGAAAAAAAAGAUACGAAGGAUGACGCAUUUUUUUUAAAGAAAAAAAUGAUAAGUUUAGAAAACGCUUUUAUGGCUACUUUCUGGAAUGAAUUAUUGGAGAGAUUUGAUACCACCAGUAAGUACUUGCAAAAACCGGGUCUUGAUGUCAUAACAGGACAUAAAAUGUUAGUGUCAUUACUAGAGUUUGUUUGCAACCUACGAGGCCAAUUUGAAUCAUUAGAGAAAAAAGCAAAAGCUAUGUCUUCGAUUUUAAAUACUCUAUACAAAGAUGAGUAUCAACGUAAUGUUAUUAAAAAAUUAGCCGACGGCUCAACAGAAACAACACGACAAGGUCAAGAUAAAUUUCGAAUAGAAUCGUACCUACCGAUGAUAGAUAAAAUAACAUCUGAGCUGAAAAAACGUAGCCAAGCUUACAAAGAAGUAAGCGAUAUGUUUGGAUUUUUUGGUCACUUAACCACCCUUUCUUCCAAUGAGAUAACUGACAAAGCUUUAAACGUAAUUGGUCUUUAUUCCGACGAUUUAGAUAAAAACUUGGUUCCCGAACUCCUUCAAUUUUCUGAAUAUUUAAAAACUUUAAAUGGCAAAAAUAUAAUUAGUGUUCCUUUCCUUUUAGACCUUUUAAUUGAAAAGGAUUUAUUAGAACUUAUUUUAACGUUUUUAAGUUAUUUAAAGCAAUACAAAAGUUCUUUAAUCCAGUACAACACUAAAUAUGAAAAAAAUGCCAAUUUUUUAUCAGAUAAAACCUAA